GGCACUUUUAAUUUCUGAACAUAAGCACAAACGCAUAGCAGAAGUUAAAACAUUGAAUCGUGUCACAAUAUUUCUUGAUAUCAUCAGAGCUAAAGAAGUUAUUUUAUUUCCCAUUUUAGAUAUGGACUACAUCAAUACUACACAGACUGAAUCAAAAAACUGUACGAAUGUCAGCAGUGUGUUCACACAUCAGGUUCUGCCUGUACUCUACACCAUCAUCUGCGCAUGUGCCUUUAUUCUCAAUGGACUCGCCGUUUGGAUCUUCUGCAGGGUUCCCAGCUCUUCAUCCUUAGUAGUUUACCUAAAAAACAUGUUGGUGGCAGAUGUUCUGAUGCUGUUUACCUACCCGUGGCGUGUAGUAGGUGACCUCGGGUAUGGUGGCUUGCAGCUGAAGCUGAUAGUUUGCCGCUACACUGCUGUGCUUUUUUACCUAAGCAUGUACACAGGAAUAACCUUCAUGAGCCUCAUCAGCUUGGAACGUUACUUUAAAAUUGUCCGCAGCACCUCUGCCGUGUCUUCCUUUCUGCAGCGCAUUUCGGUAGCGAAGGCUCUUGGACUGUUGACUUGGUGCAUCAUGAUGUUCUUCAUGCUGCCAAACUCCAUUUUAUCUGACCAGCCCAUACCUGAGGAUUUCUCCUGCAUGGCCGUCAAGAGCGACCUGGGUCAGCGCUGGCACGAAAUUUCAGUCCACUUCAAUGUUGGAAUCUUUUGGGUGGCUUUCCUGCUAAUGGUGUUUUGCUACACCUCCAUCGCCUGUCACGUGUACCGCUCUUACAAACGGGUGCAACAGGAUAGCAGCCAGACGGGAAGGCGGUCAAAUCGAAGCAUCUUUAGUUUGUUGGCUGUGUUCAUCUUCUGCUUUGUUCCCUACCACGUUUGUCGUGUGCCCUACACACUAAGCCAAAUGCCCAAAGCUGAUUUUAGUUCCUACAGCUGUUUCAUCCUCUUCCAGUUGAAAGAAGCUACGCUCUUCCUGACAGCCCUCAAUGUGUGUCUGGAUCCUGUCAUUUACUUUUUCAUGUGCAGGAGAUUCAGAGAGUUGCUUUUGAAGAAGAUGCCAUCUGUAAACCGCGAAAACAAGAGGCCUCCAACAGGCAUUGGGCUAAGUAUCAGCAUUCUGUAAAAUCAAGAGCAACAAAGGAAAUGAGCACUGGCCAUAUGUCAGAUGGAAAAGAUAUUUUGAUUUCGAAACCACAUGCUACCACUAGCUGUGGUUUCCUUGCA